GAUGCUUCAAUUUGUCAACUGGGAAUUUUCCCAACAUUGUUUGCACAAUCCCAAGAAAUUUCUCUUACAGUUAUAUUUCUAGGGUCGCUUUCGUCGAAAGAAUAAUUUGCACGGUGUUUGCAUCAGAAUUCAGAAACCAGGGGUUAGUUCUCUACAUAAUCUAUAAGCAUGUUGCAUGAGUCAACUCUCUGAAAAUAAUUUGCUACCUCAAAGCUGCUAUCGAUGAUCAGAUGUUCUUUGCUAUAUAGAUGGAUGAUCAUCCCCUGAUCGAAGACGAUGCUAUCUAAUUUAGUUUGAUAAUAUAUACACUCGAUCGAUCAGCUUAGCUAUAGCUGUAGCUGCACAAUAUGGUUGGCCACCUCCUGCUGCUUUUGGUAGUGAUCAUCAUCUGCUACGCACCGACAUCGUCGACGGCAGCCGGCGGCGAGGUCCCGUUCUACGAGGAUUGCCCCAGCACGGCGGACGGGACGUACGCGCCGAACAGCACGUACCAGUCCAACCUCGCCGCGCUCGCCGCGGAGCUCAUCGAGAACUCGACGGAGUACGGCUCGGCCGCCGGGUCGUUCGGGGCGGCGCCGGACGCCGUCUACGGCGUCGCGCUCUGCCGCGGCGACUCCAAGGGCCCCCUCUGCGCCGGCUACCUCAGGGAAGCGUUCGACGCCGCCAUGAACCGGACGACGAGCAGCAGGCCGCUCUGCGAGCUCCGCAGGAACGUCACGCUCUUCUACGACCGCUUCCAGCUCCGGUUCGCCGACGCGGACUUCGUCUCCGGCUACGGCAACGAGCCGGAGUGGCCGCUGAACAACACCAACGUGGUGGACGCCCCCGUCGCCGGCAGGUUCCGGGAGCACGUCGCGGCGCUGCUGAACGCGACGGCGCGCGACGCGGCGGCGCAGCCGGACAGGUACGGCACCGGCGACUCGUGGUUCCAGGAGGGAGGGUCGAUGGUGUACGCGCUGGUGCAGUGCACCCGCGACAUGGAUCCCGGCCGCUGCGGCGCCUGCCUGCAGCGCAUCAUCUCGGAGAUGCCGCGGAUGCUGGACGCGAGCCAGAUUGGCGGGAGGGUUCUCGGGGUUCGCUGCCUCCUCCGCUACGAGAUGGCGUCGAAUUCCUUCUUCCACAUAGACAACAGGACCCUGCAUCUUCAGAAGCAGCCUACCCAACAAUCGGGUUCUAGCUCGGGAGGUAAAUCCAAGACAUGGCCGAUCAUCGUUGCUGUUGCCGGUGUAGCCGUAUGCAUUUCCUGCUUCUUUCUCUUCAGAGAGCUGAAGAGAAGGAGAAGAAGAGCACGAGUAAGAUCAGAGCUGCGAAGGCUGUCUAUGGCAGUACAGAAUGUAAUAACUCUCUGGAGGUUAGAAGAGGGCAACUCAGGCUUUAAACUGUAUGAUUUCUCUGACAUAAAAGAUGCGACUAAUAAUUUCUCAAGUGAAAGUUUGCUUGGAAAAGGAGGUUUUGGAUCUGUCUACAAAGGGCAAAUGCCUAGUGGACCUGAAGUAGCAGCAAAAAGGCUUGCAGCAUGCUCUGGACAGGGUCUACUGGAAUUCAAGAACGAAAUACAGCUUGUAGCAAGGCUUCAGCACAGGAAUUUGGUCAGGCUACUGGGAUGUUGCAUCGAAGGGGAUCAGGAGAAGAUACUCGUGUACGAGUACAUGCCAAACAAAAGCCUAGAUGUGUUCAUCUUCGAUAAUGUCAAACGAGAGUUGCUAGACUGGCCUAAACGUCUCCACAUAAUCCAUGGGAUAUCUCAAGGGCUGCUCUAUCUUCACGAGCACUCGACAGUCUGUGUCGUCCACAGGGACCUGAAAGCGAGCAACGUUCUGUUGGAUGCCGAGAUGAACGCCAAGAUUUCAGAUUUCGGCAUCGCUAGGAUUUUCGGCUCAAAUGCAGCUCAAUCCAGUACUACCAGAAUUGUUGGAACCAUUGGAUACAUAGCUCCGGAGUACGCAUUAGAUGGCGUUUGCUCGAGCAAAGCGGAUGUUUUCAGCUUCGGCGUGCUCAUACUUGAGAUCAUCAGUGGCAAAAGAACUGGAGGCUCAUAUCGAUACAACGACGGAAAGCUAUACUGUCUCAUCGCAUAUGCUUGGCUGCUGUGGAAAGAUGGCAGAUGGCACGAGCUGAUCGAUGAAUGUUUGGGAGACAGGUAUCAUGCAUCGAUCAGGACGUGCAUGCAGGUGGCGCUUCUGUGCGUUCAGGAGGACGCAGAGGAUCGGAAAGCCAUGGACGAGGUGGUGAAGAUGCUGGGCAACGAGCAGGCGGCGAGCCAGCUGCCGGAGCCGAAGCAGUCGGCCUACUUCAACGUGCGCCCCAGCGGCGGCGGCGGCGAUGCGCCGCCGUCGGCGUGCAACAUCAGCAUUAGCAUGAUCACGCCGAGAUAAAUGUGUUUACAGUGUAGCUGUAACCAAAAAUUGUAAAUACCCUUGUUCUGGAAAUGUUUUAAAUUGUCUUUUUUCUUUUUGUGAACAAGUGGUUUUCAGAAAUGCUACCUCUGAAAAAAUUUGAGCAUGAAGAGGAGGAAGGUUUUAUUA